AUGGUGUGGCCUAGGAAUGAUUAUAAAAACGAAAAUUAUACAAAUAACACGAAACUUUGUUUACCUGUACAAUUGCCGAGUGAAAAUGAAAAGUUCAACAAUGCCCAUCACAAAGAAUUAUUACCUCUAUUAAAUCCAAAUAGAGUUCGUCUCACAGCCCAAUGGAUUAUGAUAUCUAAAGAAACAGCAACUGUUAAACAACUGAUUAAAUUCUUAGCCAGUGGUAUGAAUAUCGUUAGAUUAUCAUAUUCUUUAGGACCAGUCAGUUUUUUACUGGAAUUAUUAAAAAAUAUACGACAGGCCAGAGAAGAAUACAGUCAACAAAUUGGCCGAUACGUUCCGCUAGCAAUUUCAACAGAUGAUGUAGGAUCUGUAAUUCAAGUAGGACAUUUUCUAAAGGAAAAAGAAUAUUUCCCAAAAGGCCAUCAAGUAAUCUGUACUGAAGACAUUGCAUUUUUUCAUAAAAGUAACCGCGAUUACCUUUAUAUUGGAUUAAAGAAUAUGCACGUAGUUCUGUCUCCUGGAAAUAAAAUAAAUAUAGAUUUUGAUGCAGUCGUCUUAGCAGUAGACGGAGUUGUUGGAACUAAUAUUGUAUGUACGGUCGAAUUAGGUGGAUAUUUAACCAGCAGGGUUAAAGUUAUUAUAUUUGGGACACAUGUGUCUUCAUCAAAAUUCAGUGCGGAAGACUUCAAAGCAUUGUCUUUCGCCGUUAAGAAUAAUCUAGAUAUUUUCUGUCCUUCGUCCAUUGAAAAUGCUGAGGACGUCUUACAUAUACGCAAAAAAAUAAAGACUCUGGGUGGAAAUAUUGCUAUAGUUCCAAAAAUUGAUAAUUGGGAAGGCGUCUGCAAUAUAGACUCAAUUUUGCCAGUGGUUGAUGGCGUAUUUGUAGGAAGAGGUUAUCUAGGAUAUACAAUCGGAUGGCGCAAAGUGCCAAUUGUACAGAAAUCAUUAAUAUCCAAAGCAAAUAUUUCAGGGACACCAAUCUGUGUGUUGGGGCAGUUCGUGACAGAAAUGGCCACACAAGUUACACCCACUUAUGCAGAAGUUGGGGAUGUUGCAAAUUUAGCAAUGGACGGAGGGUCAUCACUCAUGACUCACAGUGAGACAACAACGGGAAAAUACCCUACAGAAGUUUGCAAAGUUUUAGAUCGCUGCUUAAAAAUUGGUGAAUUAGGAUUUUUUUAUAAAAGACACUUUAGAGAUGUACUUAAAACCGUUAAGGUUCCAACUUAUAUAACUGAUGCCAUAGCUAUUUCGGCAGUUUUAGCUUCGUAUGUAUGUCUAGCAUCUACAAUAAUUUGUAUAACUCAAUCGGGGAAAACGGCUCAGUUGCUCUCCAAAUAUUUUCCCAGAUGUUCUAUACUGGCUGUUACUAGAAAACUUGAUACAGUAAAUCAGUUACAGUUGUGCAGAGCUGUUGUGCCAUUAUAUUAUAGAAAACCACGACUUGACAACUGGUGCUGUGAUAUGGAAAAAAGACUUGAAUACGGUAUUCAGUUUGCCGCAGAAACUGGAAUUACUAAAGAUGGUGAUCCUAUUAUAUUACUGCAUCCUGGUAAACCAGGUUCUACAAUCACAAGUACUGUAAGAAUAGUAAUUUCCCCUACUAUUCAAACAUCUAUUGUUCCAGAAAUUGAAUAA